AUGGUAUCUUUUACCUUUUACCAGGUAUUGCUUGCCCCUUUGUUGAUGACACCGGCCAAUAGUCAAUUAAACAUCGAAGUGGGAUCCCUUAAAUAUGCUUGGUUUCCACGAGACUUAAUAUGCGACCGAUUUGGUCAUUGGCUCUUUGCAGAAUUUGAUCAGUCGUCCGGAUCAGAUUGUGUACGAUAA